AUGUUUCACAUAGACUUGACGGAGGAGGUCCGGAUCAAGAAGACAGUGGACGCCUGGAUCACCUCUUCAACCAAACACAUCCAGGUGAGCCAACACCUGGGACACACCUGGGACACCUGGGACACACCUGGGACAGCUGGGACACCUGGGAUACCUGGGAUACCUGGAGGCGGAGAUGUCCUCGGAGGAUGCUGCCAUCGAACACGCCGGGCGGCGGUGACAUCACAGCAGAGGGCUGCUGAAAGCUCCGCCCCCAAAGGUUGGGGGAGGCCAGUGAGCGCGCUCAGAGGAACAGGAAGUAGGACUGUGGCGGCGAGUCUUACAACAGGAAGUAGGACUGCUGUGGGGAGAGGAAGAAGAAGAAGACAGACAGCUGGACACGGACCAGUCUGUCUUGAUUUGAUCCAUAACGUUAGGGCUCCGGGGGCGGAGCCUGAGGGCUCUCCGGGGGCGGAGCCUAAGGACGCGCCCAGCGAGGCGUACCUGCAGCGUCUGUACGGCCGGGCGCCGUACGACGGUCUGAGGCGAACGCUGAAGAAGAGUCCGUACCUUCGCCUCAGCUCUCCGACCUCGCCGCUCGGCAGGAAGUCCCGCCCCCGGCUGGUGGAGAGCGUCACAGGUGUGAAGCUAAAGUCCUGUAAGACUCAGACGUGUUUAGCUCCGCCCAUCGCUCCGUCACCUGGACAACCGCAGCCUCAUGACGUCAUCAUCAGAGCAGGCGUUCCCAUGGCGAUCCCACUGGGUCGUCCCAGGAUGGACUCGUCCUCCAGGCGUCUCGCCCGGCGUAAACAGGAAGUGACAUCACCACUAACUGCUCCUCCCACAGCUGGCGCGGUUGCUGUUGACGAUGAGGACGGAGCAUCCGAGCAACAGUCUCAGGAGCAGCUGGAAGCUCCGCCCCCCGGUGACAUCAUGAGGAAUGAGAGUGAAGCUCCGCCCCCCGAUGACAUCAUGAGGAAUGAGAGUGAAGAAGAAGAGGACGAAGACGUUUUCCCUGGAACUGACUUCCUGUCUGUCGCUGAUGUCGUCGUCCAGCAGGAGGAUGUGAGUGUUGUGGAGUUGGAUGGAGGUCCGUCCCCCCCUCUGGUUCUGUAUCAGGGCCCGGUGUUCCCCCCCCCCCGCGCGGCGCUCCCUGCCCAGGACCAGGACCAGGCCUCUGUCCCGGGACACAACGAGCAGAGAGACAUCCUGGAGACCCGCAUGCUGGAGUGGGUGGAGCAGCAGCUGAUGUCCAGGAUGAUCUCAGAGAUGUACCGCCCCCCUCCAUCUGACCCCGCCCACAACCACUCCGUCGACCAAUCAGAUUCCGAGGAGCGCAGCGUCACCUCAGACAUCGUGGAGGCAGCCGGAGGCGGAGGUCUGCAGCUGUUCGUAGACUCCAGCGUGUCGGUGGACUCGGCUCUGAUCCGGCGGCUGGUUAACGAGGUCCUGACGGAGCACGUGGCCCUGAUGCUGGGCCAGAGAGACUCCCUGGAACCAGAACCAGGACAAGGUCCACAACCAGGACCAGGAGAACAUCAGAAGGAAGAACCGGUGCCUCUGGUUCAGACACCGGUGCCGACACCCCCGCCCAGCCCCACCCCUCCCAGCAGAGAGACUCCGCCCCUGGCCACGCCCCCUCCCUCUGAACCAACCAGCCCGCUGGAUGACGAGCCUCCUCAGCCAAUCACAGCUCCAGAGCGUGUAGUCACGCCCACUUCCAGCCCAGAGCCCGCCUACUCCGCAGAAAGUCCUCCUGCUGUCCCUCAAGCCCCGCCCCCUCUCACCUGGGGCGACUCUGAGCUGCCAUUGGACGAGGAGAGACCAGAAGAAGAUGUGGAUGCACGCGCACAGCUGCUGGUGAUGUCUGUAGCAGAGGAAGAGCCUCCUCUCUCCUCCCCGUCUCUCCCCCCUCCUCCCGGUCCUGAACCUGGACCAGCGCCGGAACCAGCCUCACCGUCUGACUCCUCCUCCUCCUCCUCCUCCUCCUCCUCCUCCAGCACCACCAGCAUCUCCACGGCGACCGUAGCGACCGAAGCAGCGCUGAAACACAUCUCAGAGGGAGAACUGCUCAUCAGUGUCAACCAGCUGGCUGCCAUCACAGAGGAUGGGGCUGUCUGCAGUUUCUCCAGCUCUCUCCACGAGCUGCAGGACAUGGACUUUGACCCCCCCAGUGAAGGACAAUUCGGUGGUCACAACCUCCUGCUAACCAAGACACCCCGAGGAGAGAGACCACAACCAGAGGGCUCCUGGGGGAGAGAGGAGGAGGAGAAGGAGGAGGAGGAGGAGGAGGAGGAGAGUGUGGGGGAGGUGAGAGACCACAGGACUACAAACCCUUACAGGACUACAAACCCCAGCAGUAGAGAGGCCCGGCGGGGUCAGUGCUCCUCCCCCGGACAGAUCAGUCCAUGUGCAGAUGUGUCGGACGUCAGCUGUGAAGCGACCAAUCAGGGCUCGGUUGCCAUGGAGCCAGGCGGUACCCUGACCUCUGAGCUCGACCUAUCGCUGUCUCCUCCUCCACACACACAGCUCCACAGACACACAGCUGAGCAGCAGCAGAGGCUGGAGGUGUACCUUCCCUCCGUCACGCUGCAGGACCGAGACGCAGACACGUCCUCCUCCACCGACAACAUCUUCUAAAAGAAAUCCAUCAUCGUCAUGGUUUCACCUCUUCAUCAUCAUGGUUUCAACUCGUCAUCGUCAUGGUUUCAACUCGUCAUCGUCAUGGUUUCAACUCGUCAUCGUCAUGGUUUCAACUCGUCAUCGUCAUGGUUUCAACUUGCUGAUAAACACUAUAAAUCUAUGCAUGUUUUUAC